AGCCUCAGAUCGUACUGGGCAGUACGGCGCAAACGUCGGCGUUGGGAGCAGCCGCUGCUGUGCAGACUGGAACUGCUCAGAGGACGGUGCAGGCAGCCACCGCGGCCUCAACUGCCGCCACAGAAACCAUGGAAAAUGUGAAAAAAUGCAAGAAUUUUCUCUCUACACUAAUAAAACUGGCCUCUUCUGGAAAGCAGUCUACAGAAACUGCAGCUAACGUGAAAGAAUUAGUCCAGAACUUGCUGGAUGGCAAAAUUGAAGCUGAAGAUUUCACUAACAGGCUGUACCGGGAACUUAAUUCUUUACCUCAACCCUACCUUGUGCCUUUCUUGAAGCGGAGCUUACCUGCCUUGAGACAGCUGACUCCGGACUCGGCGGCUUUCAUUCAGCAAAGCCAGCAGCAGCAGCCCACGACACAGGCCACGACCACUCUGACAGCGGUGAUGCUGAACAGCCCCAUUCAGCGUACGGCAGGGAAGACCACGGCCACCGUCACGAGUACCUUGCAGCAGCCGGUCAUCAGCCUGACGCAGCCCACGCAAGUGGGGGUUGGCAAACAAGGGCAGCCCACGCAGGUGGUAAUCCAGCAGUCUCAAAAACCGGGCACAUUAAUUAGGCCUCCGCAGGUGACGUUGACACAGACCCCUAUGGUAGCCUUGCGACCGCCUCACAAUCGUAUUAUGCUUACUGCCCCUCAACAGAUUCAGCUGAACCCGCUUCAGACAGUCCCUGUGGUAAAACAAACAGUAUUGCCUGGAACCAAAGCUCUCUCUACUCUUUCAAGUCAAGCUGCAGCUGCUCAAAAAAACAAACUCAAAGAACCUGGGGGAGGCUCUUUUAGGGACGAUGACGAUAUUAAUGAUGUCGCGUCGAUGGCGGGAGUCAACCUAUCUGAAGAGAGCGCACGUAUAUUGGCUACCAAUUCCGAGUUGGUGGGCACGUUAACUAGGUCGUGUAAAGACGAGACCUUUCUCCUCCCGGCACCUUUGCAAAGAAGGAUACUAGAAAUAGGUAAAAAGCACGGAAUAACGGAAAUCCAUCCCGACGUUGUUAGCUACGUAUCGCACGCCACGCAACAAAGGUUACAAAACCUGGUUGAGAAAGUGUCAGAGACUGCGCAGCAAAGGAAUAUUUCUUAUAAGGACGAUGAAAGAUACGAGCAAGCGAGCGACGUGCGGGCGCAGCUCAAGUUCUUUGAACAACUUGAUCAAAUCGAGAAGCAGCGGAAGGACGAACAAGAAAGGGAAAUUUUAAUGCGGGCGGCAAAGUCUCGAUCUAGACAAGAAGAUCCAGAACAGCUUAGGUUGAAACAGAAGGCCAAGGAGAUGCAGCAACAAGAACUAGCACAGAUGAGACAGAGGGAAGCCAACCAAACUGCUUUGGCGGCAAUUGGUCCCAGGAAGAAGAGGAAAGUGGACUCGCCGGGCGCUGGACCAGGGACAGAGGGUUCCAGUGCGAGCAUAGCGGUCACAGGCAGCUCCGGCGUGGGGACGGCCAGGCAGUUUACACGGCAAAGGAUAACGCGGGUGAACCUCAGGGACCUCAUAUUUUGUUUAGAAAAUGAGCGAGAGACAAGCCAUUCAUUAUUGCUAUAUAAAGCAUUCCUUAAGUGAGAGUGGAGAAGAUCAAGGUAUUUUUUGACCGAGAAGAAAACCUGGGGACACUUUUUUUAUAUGUAUUUGCAGAUUUUGCCUUUUUUUUGUAACAAGCAUAUGGGAUAUUGUUUCAAACAACAACUACAGCAACCCCAACAACCAACCAUCCCGAGGGAAAAAAAACACCCCGCCUCUUUACAAGGAACCGUUUUCUAUUCCCGUCGAUUAUAAACUCUUUGGUGUAAGAGCAACCCUUUUGACAGUGAGGAGACUUGUAAAGGCCUGCAGAGACGAUAAGACGACGAUUUAAAAGUUUUAACUCAUCUCUUUGAUUGAGUGGCCUUCUUGCCAAACAAGCCAUAUUAUAGAGACUGACGGAAUCGUUUAGCAAAUAACCAGCUUCUCUUGUGUCAGAUCCUGUAGCAAUUUCAACUUCAAAUUGUGCAUUUUUAGUUCGGUUUUUCCUUGACUUAAAAUCGAUAUAUAGGUAUAUAUCUACAGCAGAUGACCUCAUUUUAUUUUUUUGCCUUUUGAAACAAGUCAGUUAGCAAAGCAAACUGAUUUUAAUAAAUAUUUAUCUCCCCUUUCCCCUCAAAUUGUUCAAAAUUCUAGAUUACACUUAAUUUUAAGCAUAAACCUCAAUUUUUUUAAAACAAAAAAGAUCUCAUUAUUAUUGCUUAUUAGAGGCAACCCCACCCGAAGGGCCCGCGAAGGGGGGCUCCUUCUGAAUGUUUUAUCAGCAUCUGUAAAAACAAAAAAGGAAAAAGGAAAAAAAGAAAUGCGUUUUAUUUGCUAUAGUUUGUAAAGCUGUAAAGUUUAAAAAAAAAGAAAAAAGGAAAAAAAAGAAAAACCUUUUCAGCAUAAAUAUAUUUUACUUGCACUGUGUUUUUUUAGCAAAAGUGAAAGCUUAGAUUAAAAUAAAAAUCAAAGUUGAGAGGAAUCAUAAAAAAAGACAGUUUCUCAGUGUGAAAUCAAGUGUUGAAAAAUGGUUGGUGUAUUUUGUCAGUAAUUGUACAUAAUUUUUGGCACAUAACAUUAAAAAAAUGGCUAUGUAAACUAUAAUUAUUUUGCUAAAAGACUGUAUGCAAAGCUGUGGGCUUACUUUAAAGACGUCCAGAGCAAAAGUCCUUCCUUUGUACCUAUUUUUUUAUUACAAAAUAUACUAAUUGGUUCUUUAUAUUUUCAGAGGUUAUUGUAUUAAAUUGUCUAUUGAUAGUACUUUUAUGACUGUAAAUACGUCGGCUUUCUUUGUGUGGACUCUCAUGUUAGAAUUUAAGGGCAGGAGCUACCUGGAACGCCUCCUGUGCAAUUCCCGUUGAACGGAGGCGUGCAGAAAGCCCUUUUCAACAGGGCUUGCGCAAGAGAUGUUCUUAAGGUGGAUUGCACCUUAACUUUCUUUGUGUGUAAACUGAAUGCUGAUCAGUAUUUUUUAUCAACACCCAACAAACUGUUACACCUUUUUAUUUUGUCUUGGGGAGGGGUGGGGGAAUCCUGUCUUUCCAUUUUUUUUUCAUGUAAAUUUUGCACAGUUCCUUGUUCAUAUGUAAAUAUUUUACUUUCAAAAAAAUGAAGUUUUUAAUUGCUAUUGUUUUAUAUAGGAUUGAAAGAAAAUUAACUCCUUUAUUAAAAACAAAUUUAUCUGUA